AUGCAACAACAUUACGCGAGUAGUAUGCUACCUCUAUCUGUAGUCUCGGACCAAACAACCACUUCAGCCACAUCAUCGCAGACUUAUAAAUUUUUACAUAAACAUAAAGAAAUCAACGGAGUCAUGAAACAGAUAACACUAGACACUUGGACAACAAAUAAUAAUGUACAAUACUUCUAUGGAUGGUUAGGAGUAAGAUCUGUCAAUUUACAAUAA